GAAACUGAAAAUCCGGUCCAUCCCCACUACAAAGCUGAUCUUUUUAUAGCAAUCGGUCAACCCUCAAAAACUCUCACUGCAAUUUGAUCAGACCUGAAAAUUAUAUUUCCAACCAGAUCGAUGAAGCACUCUUGUCUGCGUUCCAAGUGGAUUUUGUUUACAUUCUUUCACGGAAUUCUUCUUUUGUUUAAAUCUGCAAGAACGCCCGCUUUUGCAGAUGAGUCGGCCGAUCACCUGGCGCUGCUUGACUUCAAGAAUCGGAUUAUCCAAGACCCACUUCAAAUCAUGAGCUCGUGGAAUGACUCCACCCAUUUCUGCAACUGGUUUGGCGUUACAUGCAGUCCCUCCAGUAAAAGAGUCAUGGUUCUGAACCUGGAAGCUCAAAGAUUGGCUGGCACCAUAACACCUUCUAUGGGAAAUCUUACUCACCUUACUAGAAUCAACCUGAGAAACAACAGCAUCUAUGGUGAAAUUCCUCAACAAUUGGGAAGCCUACGCCGCCUGCAGCAUCUCAACCUGAGUUUCAAUUCCUUUGGUGGGAAUCUUCCGACUAAUCUAAGUCACUGUACAGAACUUACAGUGCUCGAUGUUGGUGCCAACAAGUUUGUUGGGCAGAUUCCAGAGCAGUUCAGUUCAUUGUCAAAGUUGGUUUACCUGCAACUUGCUGGGAACAACCUUACAGGAACAAUCCCGGGGUGGAUAGGAAACUUUUCUUCUUUGUAUGUUCUUUCCCUUCUCCUGAACAAUUUACAAGGUAGCAUACCUAGUGAGCUUGGCCGUCUAUCAGGCUUGGGAUAUUUUCAACUUUAUGGGAAUAAUCUAUCUGGUACUAUCCCUCCUCUUAUUUAUAAUAUAUCUUCCAUAUACUUUUUCUCUGUUACUCAAAACCACCUGCAUGGAAGCCUUCCACCAGAUGUUGGCCUUACUCUUCCUAACCUUGAAACAUUUGCCGGCGGUGUUAAUAGUUUCACCGGACCGAUUCCCGUGUCAUUCUCAAAUGCUUCUAGGCUUGGGCUGCUUGACUUUGCUGAAAAUGGUCUCACUGGGACGGUGCCCCAAAAUCUAGCAAGUUUGCGUGGCUUGGUUAGACUUAAUUUCGAUGACAAUAGACUUGGAAAUGGGAAAGUUGGUGGCCUGGAUUUUAUCGGUUUUCUAGCUAACUGUACUAAUUUAGAGGUCUUGGGUCUUGCUCGUAAUCAAUUUGGUGGAGUGCUGCCGAGCUCCAUAGCCAACCUUUCCUCCCAGCUGAGAAUUCUUACUAUGAGUGAAAAUAUGAUACAUGGAGGCAUUCCCAUUGGGAUUGGGAACCUUGUUAACUUGACCCUUCUGGGAUUAGAAGGUAACUAUUUGGGUGGUCCUCUCCCAGAUGCUAUUGGGAAGCUCCAACAGUUACAGGGACUACAUCUGCACUAUAACAAAUUUUCAGGGCCGAUCCCUUCCUCCUUAGGUAACUUAAGUAAAUUGACAAAGCUCUUCAUGGAUGGAAACAGAUUUGAAGGAAGUAUUCCUGCAAGUCUAGGAAACUGCCAGAAGUUGCUUCAUCUAAACCUUUCUAGUAACAAUCUCAAUGGUUCCAUACCAAAACAGGUUAUUGGUCUUUCUUCCAUUUCGAUUUCUUUGGUCAUGUCUCAUAAUUCUUUGACAGGUACACUGCCAUUUGAGGUAGGCAACUUAAAAAAUCUUGUGGAGUUAGAUCUAUCAGAGAAUAGAUUAUCAGGUGAAAUUCCUACUUCCCUUGAUAGUUGUAUUAGUAUGGAACGUUUGUAUUUGGAGGGUAAUUCAUUUGAAGGAGCAAUUCCUUCAUCUUUGAAGACGCUAAGAGGUUUAGAAGAAAUUGAUCUUUCACGUAAUAACUUAUCGGGACAAAUUCCUGAAUUUUUCAACAAGUUUUUGUCACUUAAGCAUCUCAAUCUUUCUCAUAAUGAUCUCGAGGGGGAAGUGCCAAGUGAAGGGAUUUUUUCGAAUGUAAGCGCAAUUUCAAUCUUUGGAAAUGGCAAGCUAUGUGGUGGUGUCCCAAAAUUACUUUUACCAAUAUGCUAUAGAAAGACUCCACGUUCAUCCGUGAAACACCUUGCACUCAAAGUAGUAAUUCCUGUCGCUAGCAUAGUCAUAUUUGUACUUAUUCUAUUGUGUUUUUCCCACACGUGUUAUGUGGUUAAAAAUUCGAGAAAGAGACCUUUGGCUGCAUCUUCCGUAGAGGAUUGGGAAUUGGAUAUAUCUUAUGCAGAACUCCAAGCAUCAACUAAUGGUUUCUCUGUGGACAAUUUGAUUGGUUCAGGUAGUUUUGGUUCUGUAUACAAAGGAGUUCUUUCUAGCAAUGGAACAAUUGUUGCAAUUAAAGUGUUAAAACUUCAACAGCGAGGAGCUUCCAAGAGUUUCAUAGAUGAAUGCAAUGCUUUGAGAAUUUUACGCCAUCGUAAUCUCCUUAAGAUCAUCACUGUUUGCUCAAGCAUUGAUCAUCAAGGGAAUGACUUUAAGAGUCUAGUUUUUGAGUUCAUGUCUAAUGGAAGCCUAGACCAAUGGUUGCAUCCUAUAGAGGAUGAGCAACAACAAUGCAAGAGAUUGAGCUUUAUUCAGAUACUAAAUAUAGCCAUGCAUGUUGCAUAUGCACUGGAAUAUCUUCAUCUUCAUUGUGAAAUGCCGAUUGUUCAUUGUGAUGUAAAGCCAAGCAAUGUCCUCCUCAAUGAAGAUAUGGUAGCUCAUGUUGGCGACUUUGGAUUAGCAAAGUUCGUCUUUGAAGCAUCACAUAAUCCCUCCAAAAAUAAAACCAUGUCAGACUUCUCAGUUGCGCUGAAAGGUUCCAUUGGGUACAUUCCUCCAGAGUAUGGGAUGGGUGGCCAAGUUUCCAUACUUGGAGAUAUAUACAGCUAUGGGAUACUCUUGCUGGAGAUGUUUACCGGGAAAAGACCUACCGAUGACAUGUUCAAAGAUGGUCUAAGCAUUCACAAGUUCACUGCAAUGGCUUUGCAGCUGGGACGUGUCGUGGAUAUAGUGGACUCGUCAAUGCCCUUUGAAGAAGAUGCAGAUGAUGAGACAAAUAAAGAUGACAUAGAAGAAAGCGUAAUAAUCGAAGAAGUUGAUUGUCAUUUCAAUGCCAAAAGCAGAAUGGAGGAUUGCUUGGUCUCAGUGUUGCAGAUUGGAUUGUUGUGCUCUGCAACAUCACCUCGGAAGCGGAUACCCAUAAAUCUUGUCGUAAACAAACUAAGUGAAAUUAGAGACUCGUUUCUUUUAGAUUUAAGAAUUGGAACACAAGAAAAAUGA